UGACAUUAACGUCAUCGUUAUCGGUAGUUAUUAAAAACAAUUCAACAAUCAGCAGAAUUGAAAACUCAAAAUAGAUAACAAUGUAAGAACAAUAAAAUUAUGUGCAACUGAAACAAUUUUCCAUUUUCAAACACUUUUGUACAUAAACAUCAGUUUCUCAUAUUUUCAUUUAAUUUGAAGUUAAAAUGGAUGCAGAAGAAGAUCCGAGUUCUAAACAAGCUUUAAGGAUUGCGAUUCGUAUUCUUAGAGAAAGAUGUAAUACAUUCCAAAACAGAAUUGGCGUUUUGGAACGCGAAAACAAAGAAUUAAAAUUAGAAUUACAAAGGCAUGUUCCGAACAAUUCCUCCUUAACUGAGAUUGAUUCAUUAAAACAACGUUUAGCCUCCGCAGAGGAACAAAAUGGGUUUAUACUCAACAAAAUGAAAAUCAUCUCACAAGAGAAUCUACAACUCUGGUCGAAUUUAGGAAAAUUGUCCUAUGCUAACAAAUCUCUAGGUUCACAUUUGAAUAAAAUUAACAAUUCUCUAUCUCAACAUGCUAAUAAUCAUCAACCAUUGAUUAGAUCAAAAACUUUCACUCAAGAGAAGCCAUCAGUUCAUAAUUCUUCAGAGAAGUAUAUAGUUAAAGAAGAAAAAUUGGAUUUAGAAGAUGUUUCUUUAAAAUUGAUGAGUAACAUAAGUGAUGUACAGAAUGAAGUUGACUCUUUGACUUCACUCUCUGAAGAUUUUAAAAAUGUUGGGACAUUGGAAAAUGUUAUAACUAGCUCUUUGGGCUUUAAAUUUGAUGAAGAUGACAAUGAAGUUGUUCUUGAUGGUUUAGAAAUAUUGAAGGAAUUGGAAUUUACUAGGGAUGAGAGUCAAAGGCAAACUAAAAUUUUGAAGGAAACUUUGGAAUGUUUAAAGGCUUUAAAAGAAAAGCAAUCAAUGCACAGAAGAGUAGACUCAAAUACAAAUGACUCAUUGAAAAUGUGCCCCAUGUGCAGUCAACAAUUCCCUGAAGAAAUGCCUUUUCCAGCAUUUGUUAAUCAUGUGGAGUCUCAUUUUAAAGCUCAAGAUAAUGGAAUUUUAUAAAUUGUUAGAGUAUUUUCUAAUGGAAUAUGAUCUGAAGUGUUCAAAAGAAAUACUUUUCACCUAAGUCCUUAGAGAAAAUAGAGAAGACUUGGUAACUGAAGAUUGACGAACAAGAUUGCUGUCCUGACAAAGAAUAUUUUCUCAUAUUUACUUGAACGAUGAAUGUUUCUUGUAAUUUGUUUUCCAUUUGUAUUUCUUAAUUUUUUUGUGUUUGUAUUGUGAAUUCAUUAGGCAAUUAUAAGAAAUAUUUUGAAUUAUAAA